CUUUGUAUGUGACCCAAGCAGAGUGCAUGCGCGGGGGAGUGCGGCCGGAGGGACGAAAUACAUCCCUCGCCAUUUUCCGUCAAGCCCAAGUCAGCCAAUCUCAAUCAAGUUACAUUCUGUCAGAAGUCGUGUUUGUGUCGUGUUGUGAAAAAUUAUUAGUGUUGAUGAAUAUCAAUGGGAAAUCGUGUUAAUUACGACUCCAAACGAUGGGUCGCUUAUUGUGUUUGUGCUUCUGAUAUAUCUUUCGAGCUGUGAUGAUGGCCAAGUGAUUUGGUAGAGUGAAGUGUUUAUGUCGUAUGCUGGGCUCUCACGGUUGCAGUGAGAUCCUUUCUCUGGAUAAAUCGUGUGCAACACGACGUCGGAUCACAGAAAAGGAAGCUGAUACACAAUGUCGGCAAAAAAUAUACCCGGAGAUAAGAUCAACCUACGACUGAUCCUGGUUUCCGGAAAGACGAAAGAGUUCGUCUUCAGUCCCGUCGACUCGGCCGGCGACAUCGCAUUGCACGUCUACGAUAAUUGGCCCGAAGCUGACUGGGCAACGGAAUGCGUGUCUCGCGCCGAGAUCCUGCGACUGAUCUACCAGGGUCGCUUCCUGCACAGCUCGGUGACUCUGGGCGCUCUCGGCCUGCCCCUAGGGCGCACCACGGUCAUGCACCUAGUGCCGCGCGAACACCUCCCGGAGCCUAACUCUCACGAUCAACGACAGAAAAGUAAAGGUGGUUCAAGCAGUUGUUGUUCGGCGUCGUGUUGCAUAUUGUAAUGGACGAUUGUAAAAGCGAAAAGGCAAUACGUGUGCAGCGAUCGGUGCGAGCGAGACGGCGACAGGGCCACACCAAGGACUCAUGUGUUCAGUGAUAUAGACGCCAGCAUCCAAUGACCCCUAAGCCCUCAUUCGCACGGGCGUUUUAAAAACGUCGCGUUAAAACUCGGCGUUGGCGCUUUUAUAACGUUCUCGAUGUGACGUAAUCUGUAGCGCCCAACGCUUAGAGCUCAAAAUGCAACACUGCGCGAUAAAAAAGCGUCGCGUAUUAAAAGCGCUAUCGUAUGAACAUAUACUAAGAAAUGCAUCUGUUCUAUUUGAACGCUUUUUUAACGCGCGCUAAAAAAACUCUCGUGCGAAUGAGGCCUUAAUGUAUUAAAUCUGGGCACGAAAUUAAAUCGAUACAUUGAAAAACAAUAUUCGCACAUACGGUUCUAUAAAGUCGUCACUUAUGCAAUUUUUGUUAAUACUGAAAUGAGUAUGAGAAAAUACAUUUUUUAAUGGUUCUUAUUAGUGACAACGAGAGAGAUGUUUACUUUUACUGAUGAAGUUUCUAGUUUAAAUAUUAUCAUUUUAUUCCUAUAGCCUAGCAGAAUGAUAUCAGAAUUAUAUAAUAACAAGUUGAAUUUACCAACGUUUUUCCUGAAAAAUUACAUAAUUUGCAUGAGUGACGUUAUCGCACCGUAUGAUAAUUAAAAAAAAAAAAACAUAUUCGAUUUUUAAUUUCGGCACAAAACCGACCAAACGAACGCACAUCACUAGACGGAAGCUCCGACGACCAUCUAUCUAGCUAGGCUGUAUCGUUGGUGUUUAUUGGUGGGGAAUCGCUACUAGCGCCGCGGCUCGUUUAGGGAUCGAAACUAUCUUUAAUCAUAUUAAAAAUUAUUUAGUAGUUAUUCGAUGUACGUAUUCGACACGCAAGUUAAAACGCAUAGAUUUUUCCGGAUGGUUCCUACAUUAACAAAAAAAAAAAAACGUCUAUCUAACUUCGAGUAGGUACCCGACCGCCGAUGUCGUUUAUAAUUCAUUAGUAUUAUAAUUAUUUAGAUCGUCUUAAAUGAAUUUAUAAGAAAGUUACAACGGAGAUAAUUUAUAGAUAAAUAAUAAUGAAAUGACAAAUUAUUUAAUUGAGAAAGCAAUAUGAAGCGUGUACAUUUUCAUUUUCUUAACUGCAUUGUAAAUAAUUGAAUAGUUUUUAAUAAUAAUUAUAUUAUUGUGAGUACGUUUUUCGGGACUUUGUGAUAGGCUCAUGCAAUAUGUUCGAUUUGUUUUGUAUAUGUAAUAUAUAUAUAAAAAAAUAUGUAUUGUAAUUAUCCCGCGUACUACUCGAGUUGUUGGCUCACGGUUCGUUGUCCGUACACGGUGUUUACUCGGAGGAAACAUGUUUGUGGUUACACGGCGACCGCUUCACAACUCGAACUAAUCGAAAUAAUAAUAACAAAGUAUACAUCCGGCACUAGAUACAGUUAAUGUUGCUAUUAAGUAAAUACAUUUAUGUAUUAGAGAAUUCGCGAACAUUCGGGCUACGAAGAAAAUUGUAUGUGAAAAUGUAUUGUUUUCGUGCUGUUCACGACCGUUACCAGAGAUUUAAAAUAAAAUAAAAACACGCGCUAAUGUAAAUACGAAGCUUUUUAUAUAUUAAUUAAAUAUUACACAUCACACGUUAUAAUGUAGAAUAUAAAAUUUUACUAUUUUUAAUUUCGCAUUUUAAUAAUACUAUUAUUAUGUUCUUAUGUAUUAUUCUUUUUUGAACAUGUUUUUCAUCUAGAUUUGAAAUUGUUUGGCUUAGCCUCAAUAUUAUUUUGUUUUAAGCCCAUUAAUUUGAAUUUCUUGGUAAAUUUGUAUUUGUUUUCCUUUUUUUUUAUAAUCUUUCCGACGCAAUCUUAACUUUGAAAAUACGUAUUUAUAAAAAGUACAAAUGAAAUUAUUUUACAAAAAGAAAACAUGAAUUAAUCUCGAUUCUUAAACUAAUCGAGCAAUAUUCUGAUUUCUCUAAAAAAAGGGUACAUUAUUUGCAUGAUGUUUUAACCCAUUAAUACAAUUUAUCUUAUAAAUAAUAAAAUCAUUAAACAGCCAUAUAACCGACUGAAAAAGAUCUUGCCAUUCAAAAUUAAAAAUCUAAAGUUGAAUCUAAAAGAGUGAAUGCAAUUAAAUUAUUAUUUUUAUUACGAAUUCGUUUACUGGUGUACUUUUGAUCCGUAUGAAUGACAUUAAAAUUUGGAUGCACUGUUUCAGUUGCUGUAUGUAUGUAUUUGUUAAGUUGUGUUAAUUAUAUUUUAGUUUACAAAUAAAUAUGAUUUAAAUUUU